AUGAGGGCAAGCAAUCGCACAGUCGCACCUGGCCGCACCGAGCAAUUUUGUCAAAUUUUUGUCGCGAUCUCGAAACCUCACGAUUUCGCAGUCUUCCCUUUCUUCCCCUCCGCACCACCACCGUCCGACACCGUCUCCCCGUGGAAGAAAAGACCGAAAUCGCCCAAGAUGGCUCCCGCUAACCUGCCCUCGAUCUUCAAUGCCACUUCCCAGGACAUUGAGAUGCUGCUCGCAGCUCAAGCCCACCUGGGAAGCAAGAACCUCCAGGUUCACAUGGAGCCCUACCUGUGGAAGACCCGUGCCGACGGUGUCAACGUGAUCAACGUUGGCAAGACCUGGGAGAAGAUUGUCCUGGCCGCCCGCAUCAUCGCCGCCGUCGACAACCCUGCCGACAUUUGCGUCAUCUCUGCCCGUCCCUACGGCCAGCGCGCUGUCCUCAAGUUCGCCGCCCACACCGGCGCCGUCGCCAUUGCCGGUCGCUUCACCCCCGGUUCCUUCACCAACUACAUCACCCGCUCGUUCAAGGAGCCCCGCCUGAUUAUCGUCACCGACCCCCGUACCGAUGCCCAGGCCAUCAAGGAGGCUUCCUACGUCAACAUCCCCGUCAUCGCCCUUUGCGACACCGACUCUCCCACCGAGUACGUCGACGUUGCCAUCCCCACCAAUAACAAGGGUCGUCACUCCAUCGGUCUCGUCUGGUGGAUGCUCGCCCGUGAGGUCCUCCGCCUCCGCGGCACCAUCUACAACCGCGAGACCCCCUGGGACACCAUGGUCGACCUGUACUUCUACCGCGACCCCGAGGCCGAGGCCGAGGAGAAGGUCGAGGAGGAGAAGCUCCCUGGCGUCGAGGAGGAGGGUGUUGCCGCCAUCGAGUCCGGCUUCCCCGCCACCGGUGACUGGGACGCCCAGGCUCCCGGCUUCACUGGUGCCCAGACCGGCACCAACUGGGACGGUGCUGGUGACGAGUGGGCCGCCGCUGGCGCCGCUCCCACUGGUGACUGGGCCGCUGCCGGCGAGGCUGCCGCUGCUGCCCCCAAGGAGUCUACGUGGUAGAUUUCCCAAAAUUCAUCAGGUGUCGGCAUGAACGAAGGAUAUCCCCCCCCUCCACACGAACGCUCAAUCACAAGGUCAUCGGUCAUCGAAACACGAUGAAUCUUUUUCCACAAAAACGGCGGAACAGCAUCGCGAAAAGGUCAUGGAAUGGUAGAUUAUGAUCGUCGCUGGUAGCAAAAAUCUUCGGGCAAAAACGGGUUCAACUUGGCGUGCACUUAUGAGGGAAAGAUACUCGAACCAAAAGAAAGUGUGUGAAAUAGUCGGCAGAACCACCACAUUUCGCGGAUUGUUGUGCAUGUCUUUUGGGGAGAGGGAAUGCCCUGUGUGGCCAAGAGGGGUGGACUUGAUCGUUAUCCCGCCUGGGUUCUUGUCCCGUUGACGAAGGCUUUCCAGUCGAAGAAGAAAAAAACUUAUCAAAUGCUUGGGGACUUGGGGCAAGGGUUCCAAGACUUGCUCUGCAAUACCAAAACCCAUCGUUGGUCCUUCAACUUCUCUCCCCUUUUGUCAACUACAGUGAGUCCAAGCACAAGCGAGUCGACAUUUGGAGCCUGCUUCCCAGUCCAACCGUGCCGCC